GCGGUGUCGACGGCACGCAACGCAGAGCACAGCCACGCAUCCCAUCCGACCGCCACUCACUGCAGUUCAGUCUACUCUAUGGUUCAGUCGUUCAGUCGCGUCUCACAGCCUGACAGCCCCAGCAUCACCGUGCCGGCGUCCUGCUUGCUGCCCUGCGCUCCUUGACGGACAACCCCUUCGACUCCACGUCGUCUGCUUCCCUGCUGGCCACUUGCCAUGGAUGCUGCCGCCACCGCCACCGCCACCGCCACCGCCACCGCCGGCCCCCUCAUGUGGGUGUGUUUGAAUUGUGAAGAUAGAAAGUUCAAAACAGAUCGAGCUAUGAUGGACCACAAAAAGAGUACACGCCAUGAAAUUAAAAAAAAACCCGUGGCGGCGGAGGUCUACGAAAAACAUAUGAAGCAGUUCGGCGGGCGGGGCAAGGACAGGCAGCCCCCGCCGCCCCAGCAGCCCCACCAGCCCCAGCCGCCGCCGCUGCGGCAGGAAGGGGUGAACGGUCAGUCCGAAAACCUCAUCACGUCAACAACUACCCUUGGUGUCAAGCGCUCGGCUUUGGGGGAAAUCGGUAAUAAUGUUGUUGGGUGCUCCAAUUCUGUGGCUACUUUGGAGCCUGGUGCCCUCCCAGGUCAAAAGGAAUUUGUCAAACCUAUUCAGAGAUCCUACUCAACUGGUAGUUGUAUAAAUGUAAAGCCUCCCAAAGAUUUAGUGAGACCGCUGCCCAGUCCUAACAUAGCAGCAAGAGUCAAGCGCACAGUCAGUAACACCUCAGUGGCAUCGGUUGUACUGCCUGCCCCUCAAACUCAACCGUCUGUCAAAGAGGAAGAUGCUGCAGUGCAGCCUGAAGAUUUCGUUGAGGAUGUUGACAAAGCAGAUGAAAACAACCCAUUGGUUGUUGCCGACUACUUAGACCUGCUGUGCUCCCGAGAGGAGAAGUAUCCUAUCAAAAAAGGCUUCUUGCAUGAAUCCUAUAUUUCACCUAGGAUGCGAGCAGAAUUGGUUGAUUGGCUUGUAGAUGUCCAAUUGACAUUACGCUUGUUACCAGAGACACUUUACUUUGCUGUCCAAAUACUUGAUAGGUAUCUUCAGGCCGUCCCAACUGUUGGGAAAGAGGAAUUGAGGCUGGUUGCAGUGGCUGCCAUGUAUGUGGCUUGCAACUAUGAUGAAGAGGAUAGGCCACCCACUGAUGCCUUUCUUUCUGCAACCAAAUACAACGAGGAACUACUUCUUUCCAUGGAGGAUCAGAUUGUUAAGAAUUUGGAUUCCAAAUUAUUUUGUUAUCCAAUAUCUCUUAACUGCCUUCGCCGGUUUAGCAAAGUUUUGAAGGUCAAGACCAUUCAUCACUACUUUUCCAAGUUCUUCCUUGAACUUGCCUUGAUGGAGUAUUCUCUCUGCCACGUUCCGCCCUCUCUUAUUGCUGCUGCUGCCCUCUACAUUUCUCUGUGCAUUCUUGAGUUGAACGAAAAGACUGGCCCGCAGAAUUGGGAUGCCAAGAUGGUACACCACUCCUCAUACAAGUUGCCAGAGGUGGAAGAAUGUGCAAAGGCUUUGGCUGCUGUGAUUGUGCAAUCCUCAACCUGGAAAUAUGAAGCUGUUAAAAAGAAAUAUUCAAAUUCUAAAAUGAAGGAGGUUGCUUUACGACAAGAGUUAACUUCAGAGUGCGUGAUCCGUCUUUCAGAGGGCAAGAGUCCAUUCCCUUAACUCAAUUGACUCAUCCUCAUUUGCAUGUUAUGUUCAUGUCCGAACUGUGUGAUAAAUUUUAUUAUAAUUGUGCUCUGCACAAAGACAUGCAUGUUCUUCAAGAUCUCAAGCAAGACUGAGGUUUUUAAGUGAUAAAUGAUAUGUUUCAUUAAGUUUUAGUGUAGUGAUGGUAACCGAAUGUUCCACUUCAGUGCUCCAUGGUUUUUUGUAAUGCUUUUUAAUCACAUUGACAGUAAUGCGUUGCCUGUUUCGUGCAGUGUCUAUCUAUACUGAACUUAUCAACUGAUUCUGGACUUAUAACUGUACUUCAUAUUAAUAUUUUUCUGCAUGGUAAGAUUUCAAUCAGUGAACAUUGUCAGCUAUCAAUAUGUAGGUUUGUAAGAGAUGUCAGAAUGAAACUCUCAAUUUAUUAAGAUUUGCCUCAACUGUCUCUACUGUAAAAAUUGAGUGUAAGCGGCAAGUUAAAUCCAUUAGUCAGAAGCCAGUCAAAAAGUUGCAUUAGCAAUCCAUAGUCUCAAUGAAUGGUUUGUUUGUUGUAUGAUUUUAAAAGCCAUAAGUCUAGUCUGAAUUCAGCCUCCUUUGCUCUGUCAAUUUUCCAUAGAAGAUUAGGGUUUCUCUUUUGAAGGGCUCCAUCACCUUCUUGUGAUAAUUUAUCUAGUUCUAUGUGCCAACCUGGUUGUAAGCGGCAAAUGAAAGUUCUCCAUUAGUCAGACUCCUAUGUCCAAGCCAGCCAAAUAGUGGAAUUAACUAUCUACAGUGUGUUUUGAAUGUGUUGUGUUCUGUUGAGUGUUGUCUAUGAAUGUUUUGUUUGUAUUAUGAUUUUGAUUUUGAAAUGUGUCGAUAUACCAUUUUGGGCUCUGAAAUAUUUAAAUUGAACAUCAAUACGGUGUAUCUUGUAGCUGUAUUACAUUUUUAAAGUUAGUCUAGAAUGUGUGGAUGAACUCUGUUCAAUGUUGUGGCUUCUGUAACAUUUUUAACAAAUCUGGCUCGAAGUACUGUAGUUUGUCUCCAUUUAUGUUCAGUUGUCAAUAUGGGGUUUUAAAUUAGUCAAGAAUGUGUUGAACUUGAGAUAUUGUUUAACAAAUUUGCCUAAGGAUUAAGUAUAUUGUGUGUCACUUAUGUGUAUUUAUGUCACUUUUAACAAGAGCGAAGCUAAUAAGGGAUUUUUAUUUAUUGUUUCAAUAUUUUUUUAUCACUGUUUUGUAUAGUAGUGUUGUGCUUUUUCAGCAUAUAUUUUAUAUACAAAAAGUCUUUUAUGUGUAUAUAAUUUUAUUAAACUCACAAUAGUUAAAAGCCUUUA